GUUUCUCAACCCCACCCUCUAUAAAAAAAAAAAUUAAGGGUCAUAGACUUGAGCUUCUUCGACCUCAUCCGAGAAAGCAAACAGUACUCAUAAAGCUUUAGCGAGCAAAGUCUUGUUUGGGUGCAUAUACAGGGAAAUGUACGAAUUUGAGAGCGAGAGAGUCUGAGAGACAGAGAGAGAGGAAAACAAAGAGAAAUUCUUUUCUGGUUUCCUUGCGUGAUCUUUGGAUCAAAGGAGCAAGCGCAUGAACUGAACAAGUGUUUUUUGGAAGUGGUCUUAAGAGCAACAAAUGAUGGCCGGAAACCCUAAGUGGUGGAGCAGCAUGCAUCCACCAUCUCUCUACCCUUCUGAAUAUGUGCAGCUUGGAUCUUCUAGUUCACUCCCUCUGAAUUCUUUGCCUGACCAUAACCUAGAGCCUCCACAAUCCUGGAGCCAGUUACUCUUGGGUGGAUUGUCCAGCCAGGAAGAUAGCUUUGGUACCCUGAGUCAUCAUUUUCAACCUAAAAGUAGUUUGAAAAAUUGGGAGGAGGACCAAAUCUUGAUUCCACAAUAUCCAAGGGCUCCUUUUCCUCCUCAUGGUGUUGAUAAUAUUAUAAAGCAAGAGGGUAGUUCCCAGAACAGCAUUAACUUAUUGGGCAGUACUCGUCAUGUAGACGAAGAAUUUCAGCCGCAGGCACCUGGCAGCAGGCCGCCUGUUUGGUCCCCAGUUCAAAUCAUGCCAGUUUCAUCCCCUAGGUCUUGUGUCACUAGUUCAAGUAAUACUAAUAAUAUAUUGGACUUCUCCUAUGACAAAACUGACAAUAAGAGGAACCAACAUGCAGAUCACUCAUCUGAGUGUAAUAGCACUGCCACUGGUGGGAUAACCAAGAAGGCCAGGGUUCAACAAUCGCCAAGCCAACCACCUCUCAAGGUCAGGAAGGAGAAGCUAGCUGAUAGGAUAACAACCCUUCACCAACUAGUUUCCCCAUUUGGGAAGACUGACACUGCUUCAGUCCUGUUAGAAGUCAUUGGGUAUAUCAGAUUCCUUCAGGGUCAAAUUCAGGCACUCAGCUCCCCUUACUUGGGCAGUGCCUCAAAAAACAUGAGGAACCAACAGUCUGAAUCACAAGAUCGUAAGGCAAAGGAUCUGGGAAGUAAAGGGUUGUGCUUGGUUCCUGUGUCAUGCACUCAGCAUGUUGGGAGUGACAAUGGUGCUGAUUAUUGGGCUCCUGCUUAUGGAAAUGGGUUUUAAUUAACCCUAAAUGCACGUUUUUUACUGUAGGAUAGGAUGAGAUAACAUUAUGAGCAGUCAAUCUGUUGCAAUUUAAAUUAAGGUUGAUUGGCCAUGAUGAUAUGCAUUCUAAAUUAGAUUUGUGUACUAUUGCUAGCUUUAUAUUGUACUGAAUUACUAAUUAAAUAAAAACUCAAUGAAGUAGUAGUAGUAUUCUUGUAGGAAGAAG